AUGUUGAAGCCUCAGCCGCCACAACAGCCCUCCCAGCCCCAGCAGCCGCCCCCCACGCAACAGGCCGUGGCCCGCCGGCCCCCCGGGGGCACCAGCCCUCCCAACGGCGGGCUCCCGGGGCCGCUGGCCACCUCCGCGGCUCCGCCCGGGCCUCCAGCGGUCGCCUCCCCCUGCCUGGGGCCUGCGGCCGCUGCCGGGAGCGGGCUCCGCCGGGGAGCCGAAGGCAUCUUGGCGCCGCAGCCGCCGCCGCCGCAGCAGCACCAGGAGAGGCCGGGGGCCGCCACCAUCGGCAGCGCCAGGGGACAGAGCACAGGAAAGGGACCCCCACAGUCACCUGUGUUUGAAGGCGUCUACAACAAUUCCAGAAUGCUGCAUUUCCUUACAGCUGUUGUGGGCUCCACUUGUGAUGUAAAGGUGAAAAAUGGCACCACCUACGAGGGUAUCUUCAAGACGCUAAGCUCAAAGUUUGAACUAGCAGUGGAUGCUGUGCACCGGAAAGCAUCUGAGCCAGCAGGUGGCCCUCGUCGGGAGGACAUUGUGGACACCAUGGUCUUUAAGCCAAGUGAUGUCAUGCUCGUUCACUUCCGAAAUGUUGACUUCAACUAUGCUACUAAAGACAAGUUCACCGAUUCAGCCAUUGCCAUGAACUCGAAAGUGAAUGGGGAACACAAAGAGAAGGUGCUUCAGCGCUGGGAGGGGGGUGACAGCAACAGCGAUGACUACGACCUUGAGUCCGACAUGUCCAAUGGAUGGGACCCCAAUGAAAUGUUCAAGUUCAAUGAAGAGAACUACGGUGUGAAGACCACCUAUGAUAGCAGUCUUUCUUCUUACACGGUGCCCUUAGAAAAGGACAACUCAGAAGAGUUUCGUCAGCGAGAGCUACGUGCGGCCCAGUUAGCUCGAGAGAUUGAAUCAAGCCCCCAGUACCGCCUACGGAUCGCCAUGGAGAAUGAUGAUGGGCGCACUGAAGAGGAGAAGCACAGUGCAGUGCAGCGGCAGGGUUCAGGGCGGGAGAGCCCCAGCUUGGCGUCCAGGGAGGGGAAGUAUAUCCCUCUGCCUCAACGAGUCCGGGAAGGACCCCGGGGAGGAGUUCGAUGCAGCAGCUCUCGGGGCGGGCGGCCUGGCCUUAGCUCUUUGCCACCUCGUGGCCCUCACCAUCUGGACAAUAGUAGCCCUGGCCCAGGUUCUGAGGCCCGUGGUAUCAAUGGAGGCCCUUCCCGCAUGUCUCCAAAGGCGCAGCGGCCUCUGAGAGGUGCCAAGACUCUGUCUUCGCCCAGUAAUAGGCCUUCUGGAGAAACUUCUGCUCCACCACCUCCUGCAGUGGGCCGGAUGUAUCCCCCGCGCUCUCCCAAGUCUGCUGCACCUGCCCCAAUCUCAGCUUCCUGUCCUGAGCCUCCCAUCGGCUCGGCAGUGCCAACCUCUUCAGCCUCCAUUCCUGUGACCUCAUCAGUCUCAGAUCCUGGAGUGGGUUCCAUUUCCCCAGCUUCUCCAAAGAUCUCCCUGGCCCCCACAGAUGUAAAAGAACUCUCUACCAAGGAACCUGGGAGAACUCUGGAGCCCCAGGAGCUGGCUCGGAUAGCUGGGAAAGUCCCUGGUCUUCAGAAUGAACAGAAACGAUUCCAACUGGAAGAACUGAGAAAGUUUGGGGCCCAGUUUAAGCUUCAGCCCAGUAGCUCACCGGAGAACAGCCUGGAUCCUUUUCCUCCCCGGAUCUUAAAGGAGGAGGCCAAAGGAAAAGAGAAGGAGGUUGAUGGUCUCUUGACUUCAGAGUCCAUGGGGUCUCCUGUCUCCUCCAAGAUGGAGUCCGUGUCGGAUAAGGAGGACAAACCAUCCCUGGCACCAGCAGGAGGCACUGAGGGGCCAGAGCAGCCCCCACCACCUUGCCCAAGCCAAACCGGCAGCCCCCCAGUGGGCCUCAUCAAGGGGGAGGACAAGGAUGAGGGGCCUGUUGCUGAACAAGUGAAGAAAUCAACGUUGAAUCCCAAUGCCAAGGAGUUCAAUCCUACAAAGCCUCUGCUGUCUGUGAAUAAAUCCACUAGUACUCCAACUUCUCCGGGGCCCCGGACUCAUUCAACUCCCUCCAUCCCGGUGCUGACAGCAGGCCAGAGUGGGCUAUAUAGCCCCCAGUACAUCUCCUACAUACCUCAGAUCCACAUGGGACCAGCUGUGCAGGCACCUCAGAUGUAUCCGUAUCCUGUAUCUAAUUCAGUGCCUGGGCAGCAGGGCAAGUACCGGGGAGCAAAAGGCUCCCUACCCCCGCAGCGCUCGGACCAACACCAGCCAGCCUCAGCCCCGCCGAUGAUGCAGGCGGCCGCGGCUGCUGGCCCGCCUCUGGUGGCUGCUACGCCCUAUUCUUCCUACAUCCCCUACAACCCUCAGCAAUUCCCAGGCCAGCCUGCCAUGAUGCAGCCCAUGGCCCACUACCCCUCACAGCCGGUGUUUGCCCCCAUGCUUCAAAGCAACCCACGCAUGCUGACGUCGGGCAGCCAUCCCCAGGCCAUCGUGUCAUCCUCCACCCCUCAGUACCCUUCUGCGGAGCAGCCCACCCCCCAAGCCCUUUAUGCCACUGUUCACCAGUCCUACCCACACCAUGCCACGCAGCUCCAUGCCCACCAGCCGCAGCCAGCUACCACACCUACCGGGAGCCAGCCGCAGUCCCAGCAUGCGGCCCCCAGUCCUGUCCAGCAUCAGGCGGGGCAGGCCCCACACCUGGGCAGUGGACAGCCACAGCAGAAUCUGUACCACCCAGGGGCCCUGACAGGCACACCGCCCUCUCUGCCACCGGGACCUUCUGCCCAGUCCCCUCAGAGCAGCUUCCCCCAGCCAGCCGCUGUGUAUGCCAUCCACCACCAGCAGCUGCCCCACGGCUUCACCAACAUGGCCCAUGUUACCCAGGCCCAUGUCCAAACUGGAAUCACAGCAGCCCCGCCCCCUCACCCUGGGGCUCCCCACCCGCCCCAGGUGAUGCUGCUGCACCCACCCCAGAGUCAUGGGGGCCCCCCCCAAGGCGCGGUGCCCCAGAGUGGGGUGCCUGCACUCUCAGCUUCCACACCCUCACCCUACCCCUACAUCGGACACCCCCAAGCUCCCCUUCCACCCCCCGGGGAACUGAAGAUUGUCCUGGCCGCGACCUGAGACCUCCAUGAGUGGAGGGAAGAGUGAUCUAUGUCUCUUCCCCCAGCAGCUCGGACCACUCCCAGCCCCCUCAUCCCCCCUUUCCCCAGGGGAGCUGGGGAAUUCCUGCCAAGCACCUUGAAUGGGAGGGGCCUCACAGAGGGCAGGGCCAGGGUCCAGCAGGGGUGGGGGGUUCCUGCUCUGCCCCUGCCCGUCCCCACCCAGUCUUGCCCUCCCAUCCUCUCAUCUAUUUCCCCGCUGGAGACGGAAGAUCUUUUAUUUUCUAUUAUUUAUAACUUCAGACUUGGGCCCCCUGUUCUUUCUUUCCCAUUAACUUGAGUGACCUGUGUGAGAGACAGACAGAUGCCCCACGAGGAUGGCUGGACAAGGACUUUUACUUUUUAUUACAUAAAAAUAUUAAAAAAUAAAUAAAAAAAAUAAAAUUUUAAACUAACUUAA